AUGUCAGAAGUGUACGGGUCUUGCGAAGGACCCGAUGCCAUGUACGUGAAGCUUCUGUCUUCCGACGGGCACGAGUUUAUUAUUAAAAGAGAGCAUGCUUUGACCUCAGGUACAAUUAAAGCGAUGCUUUCGGGACCCGGACAAUUCGCGGAAAAUGAAACAAAUGUGGUAAACUUUCGUGAAAUCCCGUCGCACGUUCUCCAGAAGGUUUGUCACUACUUCUCGUACAAAGUGCGGUACACGAAUAGCUCGACGGAAAUUCCUGAAUUCCCAAUCGCUCCGGAAGUAGCUUUAGAGCUGUUAAUGGCCGCUAAUUUUUUGGACUGUUAG